UUGUUAACAUUCAAACAUCAGAAUCUAAGCAGACAAAGCACUCAAACAGAAAACAUUUUGAGAAAAAACUUGGUUGUGUGUGGUUUCUCAUGUCGUCUGGUCGUAGUAACUCCACUAACAAUGCGCGAAAUGAUGGUCAAGCUGGUAUACCAUCUGCCUACAGAGGAGUUCGGAAGAGAAAAUGGGGCAAAUGGGUGUCUGAAAUCCGCGAACCGGGGACCACGAACCGUAUCUGGUUAGGCAGCUUCGAGACUCCUGAAAUGGCUGCAACCGCCUAUGACGUUGCAGCAUUCCAUUUCAGGGGACAAGGGGCUCGUCUCAACUUCCCCGAGCUCGUCAACAGCCUGCCACGUCCUGCAGACUCUAGCGCAGACAGCGUUCGCAUGGCAGCUCAUCAGGCAGCACUCUACCUCAGAACAGAGCCAGUAGAGUCAGCCAUGCAAGUGGACACCUCAAGCUCCUCCAACGUAGGUACAACGAUGGUGAGACUCUCGCCCAGAGAAAUUCAAGCGAUCAACGAGUCAACUUUGGGAUCUCCUACCAUGUUGAUGCAUUCAUCAUAUGAUGACCCAAUGGGGUUUGACAAUGAUGUGGGGAUGAAUGUGUGGGAUGCAUACCAGACUGACUCUCUUUGGGACCCCUAAUGCCAAACUGAGGGAGAGUUUCUACAUCUUAAUAUAAUACCAGGUUAAGUCAAUGGCCUAGAAUGCUUAAUUACUAGGGUUUGGUUUACCGUUAUAGCAAAGAAUAAAGUUCAUGUGAGUCUUGGAGGGAAAGGCACUUGCACUCUUCUAAAGGAACAGAUGAGCUUGAUGGGUCCCAGAUAAUGGACCUCUUUACAAUUAUUUUAAAGAUUAUUUGUACUAGUAGACACACAGCUUCUAUUUUAGGCUUCCUCUAUUUUACAAGCUGUGUAAGAAAUUGCGAGGUGUGACUUAUUUUUUAUUUUUUUUCCUAUUGUUUGUAACCUCAUCUGCUUAUGUAAUUCCAUAUGAAAACUAUAAGAUUUUUUUAAAAAUUUUAACAAGCCUUUUGCCUUCUCUUGACUUUCUUUCCUAAACAAACCAUUGACUAAUAUUUAGGUAAAUCUACAUUUUAUAGAGCAAGAUUCUUUACAAGUUGAUCCAGUUCAAUGUAGAUCUUCCAUUUUUCAGGAACCAAAACCAGUAUAUCCUAUAAAUGCAAGCUAUUGCAGACAAGAAAACAGAAUAUACUUUUAAGCAUUCUUCAAGCAACUUACUUGAUGCUUUUGACAUAUAAUGGCGGUCCAUGUCAGAGAGCCCAACAACAGUACCGAAAGAGAGAUUAACACUUCUGAGAUCUCCACAUUGUCCAUACAUAUUUGAUGAUUCUUGAAGAAACAAAAGGGAUCGACUCGAAAUCCUUUUACAGAAUGCGCACAUGAAUCUCAUUCCCCAGCUUCAAAGCUUUAAAUCACUGCAGAUAGUCAAAACCCUACCCACUGUAACAGAAUCUGGCCUGUUUGUUUUCCACAUAGCAGUCAAUCAUGGCGGUUCAUGCUUUAACAUUACUCCGCUCCAACCAACCUGUCAAACAGUCUGACAGGAUACUCCGGAACACCGCACUUUGAGUACAUCACCAUCAAGGAAGUGACUAAUCAUACAUUUGGCAAGAAAAGAUUCCUUAAAGCAUAACAAUUAAUCUCUUUUCCCUGCUUUAUAUCCCUCAGCUCUGAACAAACAGGAAGAACUGUUGUAAACAUUUCAGUUAGUAGUUUCGUCGAACACCUUCUGUGCGUCUUAUCAAACCGCGCGAAGUGUACAAAAGAACGAGUUUUGACCCAAAGAAGUCGUUUUUCUCUAACCCAUUGAUGCGGAUAUGAACAUGUACGGGAGACAAGCGGAAGAGAAGAAGGGAAAAGCAUCUCUCUCCCUGAAAGGUUUGGGCUUUUUGGCUGGAAAAGGUGAAGGGCGUCUACUUCUGCUAGGUUUAGCCGGAGAUUUCGCCGGAGCUCUGCUUUGAGGGGAGAUGAGGACGGUGGUUGGAGCUCGACGUCACUGGAAGAGACGUAGGAAUCGAGACGACACUGCUUACAUGGUGACUGACACUCACCAGUCACCACUUGAUUAAGCUAAGGUCGUUACUCGUUAGCAGUUACCCUGGUACUUGUUGACAUUUGAAGAUAAAAUAGAUUUAGGCUCUAAAGAGCUUAUUGAAAGACUAAUAGCUCAUAGAGCUUUAUUGAAUGAUAAAGAAACUAUAGAGAGGAAACUUGAGAGUUGUCACCAAGAGCUAACAAGAUAGAUUGAUAUCAUAAAAAGGGUUUAAUGUGGCUGCAACUAUGGCAACCAAAGUUACAUACUAGCAAUCACUCUAAUGACAUAUAUAGUGGUUUAUAAAACCCUAGUUACAUAGUUACAUAAGCUUCUUAAUGGAUCAUAAGAUAGGCUUCAGUGUGGGCUUCAAUAUCCUCCCGCAAACUUGGCAUCGGGUGGUGAAUCAAGCAGCUGAUCCAAGUUUGAAGAUGCAGAUGGAGCUGGCUUUGAAAGGAUCAUGAGUAGUUGAAGGUCUAUAGGAAGUAGGUAGAUGACUAUUCAGCUUGGAGAAUAGACAUAAGUGUGAGAACAUCUUCAGGUUCUUUUGACCUAUUUGUCUCACAACAAGUUGGGGAUUUUUUUUUUUUUAUCCUCCUAACUAGACUAAGCUAUCUCACAGCCAAAGAAAAAUCCAUCCUACAACAGCCCAAAACCUCAACUCUCUGUUUCCUAUCUAUCUGCCACCAAAACUCUUCAUUUUCACAAUCUGUUUUUCUCUUGGACAUUUAACCAAACAUCUUGUGUGCACUCAUCAAAAACAGAAACUUGCUGCCAUUAAUCUCAAACCCACCACUAUCCUAUCGCAAAUUUCCAAACCAAUCCAGUCACAUCACAAUACCUAGCCAGCGAUAUGUUUCCAGUUCCCAAGCUAUCUAUUUUCAGCCUCGAAUGAAAGUACAGAGAUAUUACCCUGAGAAGAAACAUGACAUGUGACUUGGAGAAACCACUGGUUCUGUUUGAAAAGUCAUUAUCCUCUUCAAACAGCUUCACCAAUACACCAACUUUGCUUUACCAAGGCGUGUCUCUUCUUUGACUUCUCUGCUGCCGAAAAGGUCACUUUACCAAGCUUUAGGGAUGGAGAAAGCUUGAUGAUUUCCUGGACAGACUUGCAUAUAACCCACGUUCUGAUGUAGAUAACCCACUUGUAAGCUGAGCUUGAAAAAACCUCGAUCUGGUUGCAUCUGGUCUGGUUUUUCUUUUACUGUCUGAAAGGUGCCAUCUUGAGAUGGAAAGCUUCAACCUUCAACUCAUUUGAUGUAGUAAAGCGCAGAGAGAGGAUAUGUAUAGAUACUGGUGAGAUUAUAAACCCAUGAACCGACUGAAGCUCUGAUACCAUGUUGACAUUUGAAGAUAAAAUAGAUUUAGGCUCUAAAGAGCUUAUUGAAAGACUAAUAGCUCAUAGAGCUUUAUUGAAUGAUAAAGAAACUAUAGAGAGGAAACUUGAGAGUUGUCACCAAGAGCUAACAAGAUAGAUUGAUAUCAUAAAAAGGGUUUAAUGUGGCUGCAACUAUGGCAACCAAAGUUACAUACUAGCAAUCACUCUAAUGACAUAUAUAGUGGUUUAUAAAACCCUAGUUACAUAGUUACAUAAGCUUCUUAAUGGAUCAUAAGAUAGGCUUCAGUGUGGGCUUCAAUAUACCUAUAGCUCCUAUGUGAUCAUUCUUCCACUACUUUUUCCACCAAGCCAUCAUUUGAGGUUCAAACUUGGCUCCGUUGAGAUCCACCUACGCUAAGUUUGCGGGGGAGUAUUGAAGCCCAAAGAAAAGCUCAACCUUAUGAUCCAUUAGAAGCUUUUAGACUAGGGUUAUAGACUCAUAUAUAUAUAUGUUGUUAACAGUUCUGAAGUUGCAACUUUGGCUGCAGUUUGAGCAGCCUCCUUUCUCAUUUUUAUGAAUCAAUCGAAAACUCUUUUAUCU